AUGAGCAAAGGUACAACGUACUCGAUUUCAAAUAUGUCAUCAUCCAUCAAAGUACACAAAAAAUCGGUCAGAUUCCGAGAAUUGUCAUCAAAAAGCAAUGGCUGAGGGCCGUUCGCGCGUACUACACUGUAGCCUGGCCGUAGUUUAUCAGACCGCUCUCUUGUUUACUCGUUCGACAUCGCCUGCCUUCCAAUGCAAUUUCACCCCCAAAAUGUUGUUCCUUUUUUCAUUCUUGUGCCGACGGCCGUUUCGUUUUCCUAUUCUCUCAUUUUUCGAUCUUCGGGCGUGGUAAAGAAAACACAGAAAAGAGACUUUGCUCGAAGUUAAAUAUUAAUAAACCGAUUUUAAUUAUUCAUAGAAUAAUAUAAAUUGAAUCUAGAUACCCACGAAUGUUUUCUCGAACACAACACCUUUCGCCGUGACUCAUUCUCUAUUUUUUCAGCCAUGUCUCUCGCCGGACAGAUUGCUAUCGUCACUGGAGCGUCGCGCGGAAUCGGUGAGUACUCUCGAUUCUCCCAAUUCUAACAGAUGUGAGUUCAGGCCGUGGAAUCGCUCUUCAGCUCGGAGAAGCCGGCGCCACGGUCUACAUAACCGGUAGGAAGCCGGAGCAGAGUCUGAACAGCAAAGUGGGACUGUGUGGACUGGAGGAGACCGCCGACGAAAUCACGAAGAGAGGCGGAAAGGGAAUAGCCCGAUUCGUGGACCACUCGAACAUGGAGGAAGUGAAGAAUUUCUUCGAUGUCAUUGAAAAGGAUCAUCAGGGACAACUCGACAUCCUCGUGAACAAUGCUUAUCAGGGUGUUACGGUAAGAAUCGGGAACAGGUUUGAACAGUUUUGAUGGGAGUUGGACAUCUUCAGGCCAUCUCGGAGAACAUGGGCAGACCGUUCUACGAGACGGAUCCCUACAUUUGGGACACAAUCAACAACGUCGGACUCCGCAAUCAUUACUUUUGCACGGUGUACGGCGCCCGUUUGAUGGCUGCCCGCAACAAGGGACUCAUUGUGAACGUGAGCUCUGGCGGAGGACUCCGUUAUCUUUUCAACGUGGCUUACGGAGUCGGAAAGCAGGCACUCGACAGACUGUCAGCUGAUACUGCUGUCGAGUUGGCGGUAGGCUUCGGAUGGAAAUCCAUUGAAAUCCUUACGAGAAUUUCAGAAGAAGAACGUGUGCGUCGUGUCGAUUUGGCCAGGAGCGGUGAGAACAGAGCUGGUCGACAAAAUGUUCAAGGAUGCGGACGGAAAGCCAAAGGCCGGAGUCAAGAAUGCGAUGGUGUUCGCCAACGGAGAAACUGUCGAAUACCCGGGCAAAGCGGUCCUGUCCCUGGCUACAGAUCCACGCAAAAUGGACAAGACCGGAAGAGUCCUGAUCACUGAGGACCUCGGAAGAGAGUACGGAUUCGUCGACAUUGACGGUAAACAAGUGAAAUGUUGCGAGCAAUCUUAAAUUAUCUUUUUAGGAUUGACUCCUCCGAACUUGCGCUCGGUCAGCUUCAUCCUGGAACAUCUGGGAUGGAAAACCACUGCCAACUUCGUUCCGAACUGGGUCAAACUUCCCGGAUGGCUUAUUUGGGCUGGAACCAGCAGAUUGUAA